AUGCAUGUCACCCAGCUCAACCGCGAAUGUCUCCUCCACCUUUUCUCCUUCCUAGACAAGGACAACCGGAAGAGUUUGUCCCUUACCUGCCAACAGCUGCGCGAGGUCUUCCUGGAUCCCCUGCUCUGGACUCUACUCCACUUGAGCUCCCCGUGUCAGCUGACCAGGGACAACUUUGUGCUGGGACCCUCAUUGCGUUACUUGACAGUUUGCUGGUACUCGAGCAGGGUCCUGCAAGUGUGCAACAUUGAGGACUGGUUGAAGAGCACGUUUCAGAAGGACAUCUGCAGUAAACACGAGAGCCUGGUCAGCACUUUCCUGGCCCAUGUCUGCCACAUGUGUCCCAACCUGCUCUGGCUAACCCUGUCUGGCUGUGGACACAUCACAGACCAUGAUGUGAUCUCUGUGCUGCAGAGCUGCAGGAAGCUGCGCUGCCUCCACCUGGAGAACUGCGUCCGCAUCACCGACUGCAGCCUGAAGGGUGUGGCGGCUCACGGAGAAAGUCUGCAGGAGGUAAAGGUGGACUUCUGCAGGAACAUCACUCAGGCAGGGCUGCAGGCUGUCAGAGAGAAGAGGCCGGACAUCCAGCUGAGCGCAGAGAAGAGCGCUGGUAUGAUCCCAGACAGCAAGCCAGAGACGAGGGUGCCACUCAGGAGGACACUUCAGAAAGUCCUGCAGUUCUCCUGAUGGAAAUGUUGGGCCACAAGGAUGGGCAUUUAUUUUUUAAUUUAUGUAUGGACUUGACUGUGAUGACUUUAUCUGUAUUUAAUAUAAGUGUGUUUUUUAACCCUUUUUUAUACUCUUUUAUACAACAUGUGUUGAAUAUGACUCUUCUUUAUAAAGACAUGCAAUCUUUAAGCUGUCUCUAAUUCCAUGUUAUCCUAACCAGCGAGAAUUCCAGACACACCCAUAAUAAAGUCUUAUGCUGCGUCUCAAUUCGGAUACUUCUGUUAGUACGCUGCCAUGUCGUACACUAUGUACUUACUUGCGUAGUGUUUGAAUUUCAACAGGGUAGUGUCACAACUGUUGUGCGCUCUCUGGAAAUGACAAUCGCCGCUGUUAGCUAGCUACCAAAUCAUUACAGAUUGCUAAAUUUACCCAAUAAACACUUUUAUCCUCACUAUGUAUAACUUGUAUUUGUAUAGAACGGUGUUCAACCGAGCAACCACUGCUGGUCUCUCCCCUUUAGCUGCGUAGCCAGGAUAGCGACCAUUAAAGGUGUCUAAGCGUUCAACAUUGAACUUUUUGACUGUUAUGAGUGCACCAUCCAGGUGCUCAUAGUGCACUGCAGUUUGCCAUACUUCUCAGUUUGACCGCGUUGAUGCACUCAAAAUAGCGAGUACAAAGGUACGCAAAUUGAGACACAGUGUAUACACAGGCCUUAUCAGUAAUUCUGAACCAAUACACAUUUAAAUGCUGCAAUGAUAUGAUUCUAUUCUUAAAGGAAUAGUUUGUCACUUUGGGAAAUAUGCUUAUUCACUUUCUUGCCGAGUGUCCGUGUAGUAAAUAAGAAGCUAAAGCCAGGCUACCUAUUUCCCAGUCUUCACUUUCUGCUCCAGCUAAAUAUUGACUAUUCCGACGCAGGAGUGGUAUCGAUCUUCUCAUCUAACUGUAUCUAGCUCGAUAAGAACGAGAAUAAGUAUGUUUCCCUAAAUGUCAAACUAUUCCUUUAAUUGCGUUUGAUGGUUUGAUUAAAAUAUCAUACACCUUCCCCAGAGCAGUUAUGCACACCUACACAGUACAAAAGAGCAACAGGUGCAAUGGUUGCUGUGUGAUCUGCUGUGUGAUCUCUCUGUUAUGAUAACACAUGUCAGAGCUGGGAGGAAAGGUUCUCCGAGGGCAAAAUGGCCCUGCGCCUGAGAUUGGAAUCACGUUAUAUAAGGUUGUUAGACAUAUGAAAGUAGGUUGAGUGUGUCUGUCUGUAAAUGCCAUGUGACAAAUGUAUUACAGGCUGCUGCUGCAUGACCAUUGAUUUUCACACAGGGUCAACUUAAUGAAGAACAAGCCUUUUUCAGUCCCACCAGGACGUGCGCUCAGAUAUUAUUUUUGUACUGGAUGGAGCAAGUCUUCAGUUUCCCUUUGAAACAUUAUGAAAACACUGUGUUUUUCUAUUGGCUGUGUUACUCAGUGUGUCUGUGUUUUGUUUUUCUACUUAUCUAUUAAAAAAGACAAUUUGCCAUUGAUUUGUGAUGGACAAUAAAGCUUUUACUGAA